AUGAUUAAAAUCAUUACAAUUUCCUUGGGUAUUGUGGUUUAUUUUUUGGCUAAUGGAUAUGCUGAUGAAUUGAAAGCUUACGAGGAUCCCAGUAUUGCUGAAUUAGCGGAAGUUGUCAGACAAUCUUUUAAUAAUCAGUCUAUAAAUGUAUGCGAUGAAACAAAUUCCAACAAUUCAUUUAUAUAUUGUUAUGGCAAGUUAUUAGCUGCAGUAAAUGUGCAUAAUCUGUUCAAUGAUUCGAAGACUUUUGUGGAUAUGACAAUGAAAUAUGAUCCAGAAGAAGUAGAUGCAGAAUUUAAUCGACGUUUUGGUGCACAAGAACUGGAAGAUAUCAAUGCGUCGAAACUAAUGGAAUUUGUUAAAGAAUACUUUGAAGGACCUGGAGCUGAAUUAGAAAACUGUCAGCUGAAAGAGUGGACUGAGUUCCCACCAAAGCUACGAAGAAUUCAAGAUCCUGUUUUACGUAAAUGGGCUUUAGAACUGAACAAAAUUUGGAAAAAUUUAUGCAGAAAAGUGAAACGAAGCGAACAUCCAGACCGACAUUCAUUAAUUUAUGUGCCUGAAGAAUUCAUUGUACCUGGUGGAAGGUUCCGUGAAUUCUAUUACUGGGAUGCGUACUGGGUUGUAAAAGGUUUGGCAGCUAGCGGACUUCAUAAUGCAAUCAGAAAAAUGAUUAUAAAUUUUGUGAGUAUUGUAAAAAGAUAUGGAUUUGUUCCAAAUGGGGGUCGAGUAUAUUAUCUUCAGCGAUCACAACCACCAAUGCUCAUUCCUAUGGUUUACGAGUAUUUUGAAUUAACUCAUGAUAUCGCAUUUGUUAACCAAGUUUUACCAACUCUCAUUAAGGAGUAUGAAUUUUGGCAAAAUAACAGGGCUAUUAAUGUAUCAGAUGAAAAAGGAAAUAUUUAUACAGUUUUUAAUUACAACACUAAAAGUAAUGUGCCUCGACCAGAGUCAUAUCGUGUAGAUAUCAUUCAUGCAUCGCAUCUUCCAGCUGAAAAAAGAGCAAAAUUUUACACAGACAUCGCAUCAGCUGCAGAAUCUGGAUGGGAUUUUAGUUCACGAUGGUUUAAAGACAAAUUAACUAUUGAAAGCAUUGAGACAACAGAUAUUAUUCCCAUUGAUUUGAAUGCUCUUAUUUGCUGGAAUUUAGAAAUUUUACAAUAUUUGCUGAAACGUACAGAAAAUUAUUCAAAAUCGAAAAUAUUUCGUGAUAAGCGAGAAGCACUUCGCUUUGCAAUGCUCGUAGUAUUUUACAAUAAGACAGAAGGUACUUGGUUUGAUUAUAAUUUACGGACUGAAUCACACAACACUGAUUAUUAUCCAUCACUUGCGGUACCAUUAUUUGGUGAAUGCUAUCAGCCAUUAAAUUUAGCUAGACCACAACAAAUCGUCGAAUACUUAAAUAAGACAGGAGCCUUUCAUUAUCCAGGAGGAGUACCAACCAGUCUUGUUAAAAAUACACAUCAACAAUGGGAUUUCCCCAAUGGAUGGAGUCCGAUUAAUCAUAUGAUAAUUGAAGGAAUGAGAAAAUCCAGUAAUCCUGUGGUGCAAGAACAGGCUUAUCAUUUGGCCAGAAAAUGGAUUUUGGGGAAUUAUCGAGUAUUCCGGGAAACUGGCAAAAUGUGGGAAAAGUACAAUGUUAUUGGUAAUGUACAGCAGCCUGGAAUUGGUGGUGAAUACGAUGUCCAGGACGGUUUUGGAUGGUCAAAUGGAGUCAUACUAGAUUUACUGACAACAUAUUACGAUCGAAUGCGAGUUGAACCAUCAGAUUUCCUCGACUAUGAUGAGAAAAACUCUACAGUCAAUUCAGCACCCAGUCAUCGAACUAGCUAUUCAGUCCUUGCCCAGAUCUUUAUAAUUACCUCAGUAUUCUUUGCUUGUGCUCUCAAAUGUUGA